AUGGGAGCCAACCAGAGUCACCACGCGCGCCAGCCAGAGGAGGACCGCCGACCCACUCUCCGUCGCCGCAUAUCCACCUUCCUCCGCCGCGACCAGGAGAACCAGAAUGCGAGCAAGCGCGAGCGCUCCAAUUCGGCACAGAACAGCCUCAACUCACCAGGGCCCAAGCGCAGGCGGGUAGACGGUGACGACGAGCAGGAUGGCGACGACCACAUGUCCGAACCGGUUGCCGGGCCGUCACGCCUACCUGCGAACCCCUCGGUCCCGUUCCCAAGAACAAUGCCCAGCAGCGGCAUUAGCACGCCCGCAUCACCAGACACACCGGCGUCACCCGCGACCGAUGAGAUGCUGUCCGAUAGAUUGCGGUCCGUGUCGACAAUACGUGACGGCCUGGGACCCGAUUGGACACCGCAGUCGGGGUUGAUGUCGCGCUUCCGCCGGCGCGACAGUCCCGCCGUCAGCACCGCUGCGAGCACGAGCUCGGUCGCACCGCCAGCCGCAACCAUCCCAGCCCGCACAUUAUCGCAUCGUCUCAGCGCCAUCAUGGGAUUUGCAGCCCCAGAACGUUCCCCUCCCUCCACCUCCAUCCCGUCCUCCAGCAGUCCGCAGCCGCACACACCCGCAAACGAGGCAUCUCCACCUCCCGAAGAUGAAGGAAGGAUACCGGUGGGCGCGGUACUCGUUAUCCAAGGCCUGGCCCAGACACACGCAAACCUGGACGAGACCGGCGGGCCAAACCCACAGGUUGACUUGACGAGCCUCGAUCAGCAAGCUCGUAUGAUCGGGAAUCUCUUGACCGUUGCCGCCGCCGCCACCGCUACCACUCUUCUAUCGCCGGAGAGCCUGUCGACCCAGCCGUCCCGCUCGACCGCGCAGACUGCCAUGCAGACGAUUAUCGAGCGACUCCGUCCGCAGCGCAACAGCCGCAACCACCAGAGCGUCGAAGCUGCACUCGGCGAGUAUCUCCGCACCGUGCUGCGAGACAACCGACGCUUUGCAGAGGCUGUGGCUGGGGACACGCCGAACGCAGCAAACGUACCAGCCGAAUUCCAGGACUUCCUUCACAUGCUGCAGGAGGAUCUCAUUGACGCUGUUCGGGCGUAUGCUGUCCCUGACGCAGCUGGCGACGACGAGGAGGAUGUUGACGAGGACGCUGAGGUACCUGCAGCUGCUAUCCCUCCGUCCACCGUUGAAGAGGCCUCGUCAGGGCCGUCGUCCGCAACCGACUUGGACACCGAGGCGACUCCGACUACGACUGCUCCUGCAUCAAUCUCUACGGCAACCACACAGCCCGUUUCACCCACAAUUCCCACGUUCCACCGCCAGCGUGGGCAGAACUUACCCGGCACCGUCCGGCGCCUGGGCGUGAGUGGCGGGGCGGACGGCACACCACGACGUCUCAACUUCUUCCGCGCACACCUGUUCCCCACGGUCCAUGUUGAUGGUUCGGUUGCGACGCCCAACCUCAGUGAGGAGCAGGAGGAGGCGAUCGUUCCGUCCAUCUUCGUGGGUGUGCGCUCCAUUGCUCACAGCCCCAACAUGACGACGGAGGAUCUCGUUGCGCACCCGUCGUUCCCGUUCAUGGACGGCCAGGUGCCGGAGGAUGCCGCUGCUGGCACGACUGCUACCGACUCGUCAUCCGCGACGUCGCCCGUGGCCGAAGCGCAUUCGCUGCCUGAGGACGACCACGACUUUGACCGCGACCUCGAGCAGGAGCUGGCAAGUGCUGCCGCCGCAAGCUCGUCGGGCGACGUUGACCGACCCCGCCGCAGUCUGCGCUCGAGGGUACUUGAGCGCCUUGGUGCUUCCCGCCGCGAGCCGAGAGCUUCACCUCCGCUCAACACCUACCUCAUCUACGUUAUUGGUGGCAACUAUCCGCGCUCCCACCCUGUUCUGUCCAUCCCGUCAUUAGUGUCCGGUGGCCCACUUACUGCUGAGGACUUGCAGCUACUAUCGGAGCUCCUUGGCCCUGCGAAGCCGCCGACUGUCACGCAAGAGGAGAUCGAAGCUUCGGGUCUCAAGGUCAUCAAGGCCGACACGCUCACCCAGGCCGUCCAGGAUGGCGAGGUGCUCGACGCGAGCACCGAGAGGUGUAUGGUGUGCCUUUGCGACUACGAGGACGACGACGUUUGUCGUGUGCUCAAGUGCCGGCACGCGUUCCACAUGCCGUGUGUGGACCAGUGGCUGACGUCUGGCCGCAACUCGUGCCCGACUUGCCGCACCGAUGCGGUAGACAAGAAUGCCGUUCCGCCACCACCCGAGGUAGAGGACGCUGAUGCCGUCGCGUAG